AUGGCUGCCAUCAAGGCGCUUCAACAGUGGUGCAAACUUCAAUGUAAUGGGUACCGAGAUGUGGCUAUCAUCAACAUGACAACUUCUUUUAGAGACGGGUUGGCGUUCUGUGCGCUUAUCCAUAAGUACAGACCGGACCUAAUAGACUACGACUCCUUGAAUAAAGAGGAUGUUUUUGACAACAACAACUUGGCUUUCCGGGUUGCAGAGGACAAGCUGGGGAUCGCUGCUCUGCUGGAUGCAGAGGACAUGGUGGCCCUUAGGAUCCCAGACCGACUGAGUGUCCUCACCUACGUCUCCCAGUACUACAACUACUUCCACGGACGCAACCCUAUUGGAGGGGUGGGUGCUGUGAAAAGACCAGCAGAGGGCUCCAAGGAGGAGCCAUGUGGAAAGAAGAAUCUCCCGGUGGUGGCCAAAACCAUGGUGUAUAAAAUGGCCAUAGAGAAUCGUCCACCUCCCUCCUCUCUCAUGAAGACUGAUGUCUUGGUGGAGAGCUCCAAUAAGACGGGCACUCUCAGCAGUAAAUGUGUUGUGUGCAAAUGCCACGUUCAUCUGGUCCAACGGCACUUCAUCGAGGGGAAGCUUUACCACAGGAGCUGCUUCAAGUGCAGUGAAUGCUCCAACGUCCUCCUGGCUAGGGCCUAUAAACCAGGGAAGGAGCCAGGUUGCUUCAUCUGUAAUGACCACCAGAACACCAAGAAUGGCUACAACAAACCUCCCUCUGGGGUUGUCAUCCAGACCGGAUGCCCAAGCGCCAACGUUGAAUCCAAAAGUGACACCAGCAGAGUCCAGUCUGUGUCCCGCCCGACCUCUGUGCCUUUGACCCCCAUCAAGUGUGUCUUGAAGCCUGUGGAGACCACCACCCCAGCUCCCCAACCAUGGACCAGCUCGGCCCAGAGAACCCAGGCAGCACGGCAGAGGUUCUUCCAGUCCUCUACCCCCACCCCAGAGGGCCCCUCCAGCAGCCAGAAGCCCUCAGUACUGCCGACGGUGCCCCUGAGUCCUGAGGAAGAGAAGAACCGAGCCAGGGCUGUCAUUACCAAGAAACUAGUUGAGGCGAACUGCAACAACAAUAACACCAGAUACUUUGUUAUCCGACCAGCAGAAAGGAGGACCUCUGACUCUGGGGACCAAAUGAUCAUUGUUGAGCAACCCAAACCUGAAGCCACUUUGAAGUCUUUUGCUACUAGUAUCGUCGUCAACAUCCGCUCUACCUCUCAUCCGAUUCCCCCACCUGCCUUCAACCCUCCUCCACCUAGCCCGGUGUCUCUCAGAGCUCCGUCUCCCAAGCAGCCCCGUUGCGGCUCUGGAGGCUUGGGCUCCAAAAAUGGAAAGUAUUUGUCACCCACAAACACCUCCCAGUCUGAAAUGAGUUCACCCUCGUCCCAUCACAUCCCCAUGGACCAGAUAGUGAAGGAGCUGCGUGAUAUUGAAGACAGCCUGGGUGAUUUGGAGAGGAAGGGAGUGGAGAUGGAGAAGAGGCUUCGCAGCUGUGAGGAAGAGGGCAAGGGGGACAUUUUGAUGGACCCUCUGAUGGUUGACUGGUUCAACCUUAUCCGAAAGAAGCAGACGUACAUUAGGAGGGAGUCGGAGCUUGUGUACAUAGCUAAGACUCAAGACCUGGAGGAGCAGCAGCCUGGGGUGGAGGGUGAGCUGCGCAGACUGUUGGAGAAACCAGAUCAUCUGAAGUCUACAGAGGAGCGUCGGCGAGAGAGCAGGCUGAUGGAGAGGUUGAUGGAGAUUGUGAACGGUAGAAACGCCAUUGUAGAAGGACUGGAUGAAGACAGGCUCAGGGAAGAUGAAGAGGAUCAGCAGUUGAAUGAAAUGAUGCAGACUCUUGGACUUAAAAAAUCCAAAAUCAAGAGGAAGUCCUUCAAAAUGCUGUUCAGACGAAAAAGUAGUAAAAAGGUCACCGUGUUUUGA